GGAGCUCCUUCGCUGCAAAGAUCUGCACAGUGGUGCGGGCGAGUGCUCGACCCGCCAGGACUACGACCCUGACAAGCUCAACGUCUUCAGGACCUCCGACGUCCCAGUCCGUCUGCGUGACGUUGCCCCGCCCCGCGUGGCCGAGGUCCUGGGCAGUUUUGACUCCGAGGUGGUGCGGCCGUCCGCGGACAUCGCCCCGGAUGAGGAGAUCGUCGAGCCGUACUGGGAUCCGCUCCUCCACCCUCGGACGAAGGCCAACCGGCCGCGUCUGGUCGACUUCCUGGCCAGGGUGGCGCGGCGGGGGCUGGUGGGCGGCCGCCGUCGCCGGAAGGCCUGCGUCAGCACGUUCUUCGUGGCCAAGAAGAACGGGGACAUCCGCCUGGUGGUCGAC